AAAAAAACGCUGCCCAGCUCGUCAAGUGAAAAUGGAACAACUUUCGAAAAAAAUGAAGAUUUUAAAGCCUUCUAUUCAAACUAUUUAAAGAUACAACAGUCUUGAUAUAACAACUACAAACUCCUGAGGUGCCCUACAAGACUUUGCAAAGACAAAAUGAGUGGAAACAUGGACACGAAAGAGAAACUCUUGCGCGAAACUGAAGCGAUGCUACGAGCGGUCCUCAUAAGCAGCCCUCGCGGAGUUCGCUUCGAAAAGCUGCUGCGCGAUUAUAGAGAAUUGACAUUUAAAACGAUACCGUUCAAGGAGCUUGGCUUUCCCAGACUGGAGCACUUUCUGCAAAGCAUUCCUUCAGUGGCCAGGGUCGAAAAAGGCCCAGACGGCGAGUGGAUUGUUAAGGGAGUCGCCUCUGACGCUGACAAACACGUGGCCAAACUGAUAUCAAAACAGAAGAAACCCACCCUUCGGAAAUCUGCAAAGUCGAUGUUUCCCAAACGGAGGGUUAUGCCCCGUCCCCCAAGGAUGAGCACCCCUGUCAGAAAGCCGCCUCCAAGACUCGCAAUCUCGAGGACGACAUCGAAAUAUGUCCCCCCGCCGCGCAUGCAAAGGCUGCAAGAAACGCAGAAUAGAAAUGAGUGGGCCCAUUCCGGACAGAGAAACAUGAAACCGGGAAAAGGUAGGGGUGAUUGGUGUAGUUGGGGGGGUGUCUUUGGAGGGUUCUGCGUGGGGUCCACUCCGGUUGCACCUCCUUUGCCAAGUCUACGAGGAGUGGGCACCCCACAUCCCAAUAAAUAGUCAGAUUAACCCAUUGAGUGGCAACACUCUCCCCUUGACGAGUAAAAUCAUCUGGCUUUGGACCGAAUGAAAUAACAAGGUGUCAAGGUAGGAUGCAUCGGCAAUGGGCCUUAUGCAGGUUUCCGUCCAAUCUCCAGGAAUUCCAGUUACAAUACUAGACGUUUUAUAUGUUGUUAACUUUAUACCAUUGUUAUGAGUGCUCACCAAAAAUUUUUGAAUCAAUACGAUUAAUUGCAACUGAGUUACAGCAUCUUGAAAAAUAAAAUUGCUGACAUCAGCAUUAUGUUGGAACGCCUUCAGAAACUAAAAUUUAGUGAAAAGUUCGGUUGAAGCGAAGCGUUCCUCUUUUGAGUUUCAAAAUUGAUUGCAAUUUUCUUCAUUACUUUUGCAAUUUAAAAAACUCCCUUGCAAAUCCCUUGAGGAAAUUUGCAAUGUUGCUAAAACCCAAUUAAAUUUUCCUCAGUUCCUGUUAGAAGUUCCUAACUUCCUGUUACAAGUUCUUAACUUCCUGUUCUGUUCUGGGCGUUGCAAUUGGCUAACAAAAAUAAUCGACCAAUAACAACGCUCAGAACAGAACAGGAAGUUAGGAAAUUAAAACAGGAAGUUAGGAAAAUUUAAAAUGAAGUUUGUUUGCAUUGGAAUAUUGCAACAGCCGAUAGGAACAUUGCAAAUUCCCUCAACGGAUUUGCAAAGAGUUUUUCAAAUUUGCAAACCUAAUGAGGAAAAUUCCAAAUGAGUUACGAAGUCAAAAAAGGAACGCUUCACGUAGUUUACCUGUAAUAUCUGAUAUAAACAAAAAUUUUAACAUUUUGGCUCAAACUCUCCUUUUAUUUUUAAUUAGCAUUUGAUUUUUGGAUAAGCACUUGGUGGUAUAAAAUUGGCCAUUUUAUACCACCAAGCAUUUAUCCAAAAAUCAAAUGCUAAAAUAAAGGCGAGUUUGGGCCAAAAUGUUUAGAUUCUUGUUUAUAUCAGCUGGUAAGAAGUCCCGUCUUAGCCAAGAAUUUUUAACUAAAUUUUGUGUAUAACACAAUUUCUGAAGGCAUUAAUGCUGAUGUCCACACUUCUAUUUUUCAAGACACUGUAACUCAGGAGGAAUUAAUUUUAUUGAUUCAAUACUUUUGUUGAACACUCGUAAUAAUGAUAUAAACAACAUACAUAUAAAACGUCCAGUAUUGUAACUGAAAUUCCUGGAAAUUGGACGGAAACCUCCUUAUGUAUUGCUUGAUUGGUAGUUAUGCCAUUUUAUUCUUUAGAAAAUGCUAUCGGAAAGUCUUGUGUAUCAGGGAGUUUGUUUAGAAAAGCAACAGAUGACGUUAAAACUUCCAGAAGUAAUGAAGCAAAACGUCGGUUGAGUUCAUCAUCAUCGAAAGGUUAAUAGUGUUCUUAGUGUAAUAAAUUUUUAACCAUACAAAGGAUGAUAAAUUAUUUCAAAAAGUGCAUGCAAGUUGAUGCUUUGAUGCCUGAUGUUUCAAAUUUUACUUCUAGAAACUCCCAAGUUAUCAGUUAGUAUUUCAAAUACAAGCAAAGAACGUAGUGUCACUGCCGUUACUUCGCCCGAGCGGCCUGCAGCUUCGGGUGUUUUGGAGGAUGUGGCAUCUGUCAAGUGGAUGAAGGCUGAAAUUCUCAAAGCUCAAAGUGGAUUGUGGGCCACAAGAUUGGAACAUUUAUACAAAGAGAAAUUCAAGAAAGUUUUACCAACGAGUUUCAUCCAAGAACUGAAGUUUAGACCUGAUAUUGCGACAGUCGAGGAACCAAUUGCUGGACGUUAUUUACUUUAUGCACCACGGAAACCGAAGGUAUGGCAGAGGUGUUGUUGGGUACUGUCGUUAUAGACAGCGAGCAGUCCCUCAGGAGAAAGGAGGGACUGACCACAACAGGGAUGGAUUUACUGGGGGGGGGGGGUGCACCCCCUUAGCCCUAGACUUGCUCCAAGUCUCUCUUUCAUUGUCAUAUAUUAUCGAUCCACUAUAGUGUACAUUACAUGACGUAGUACAGAGGGGCGAAGCGAGAAAGAGAGACUUGUCAACUUCGAAAAUCUCGGUUCAAAACUGAACCGAAAAUGCAAGACUUGCUUUAAUUGUUUUCCUUCAAUUUCUUUCUGUGUAUUUACUAUAAUGGCAUUCAUGUUAUUUACACUGCUAGAUCAAUACAUAUAAACACUGACAGAAAAGAAUUAAAGCAAGUCUUGCAUUUUCGGUUCAGUUUUGAACUGAGAUUUUCCGAAGUUGACAAGUCUCUCUUUCUCGCUCCGCCCCUCCUUACUACGUCAUGUAAUGUACACUAUAGUGGAUCGAUACUAUAUGUCAAUGAAAGAGAGACUUGGAGCAAGUCUACCUUAGCCCUGGCCAGGGGGGGUGCUAUUUUUCAUGAUAAAGCAAAAAAUUAUUAGAAACCAAAUGAGAUACAGUAAUUUGUGUAAUAACAUGAUGAUAAGCAAACUGUGAACAACAAUUACAAUUCAAAUACAAUAGUCAAGCAAGACUUUGUAGUAGUGAAGCAAGUUGAUGGGCUGGCGGCACACAUGACCGACAUAACUCGGCACCAGAGCUGGCAGAGCACCCCCCCCCCCCUACCGGGCUGGCAGAGCACUCCCCUAGCACCAUCCCUGGCCCAAAACACAUCAAGAAACAAAAUACAUGUUGCCCACACAAAGCAAAAUUCCCACAUAAUAAUAACCCUCAGUGUUGCAAGUAUGUAUUUGAUAGUGCAUCACCGAUAUGGAAAUUCACCUAUAUUCCGAUAGCUGAUUUUGAAGGACUGAUAUUUGCCGAUUCCGAUAUUCUAUGUCAUUUCACAAAAUUCAAAGAUAACAUCAUGACAGUUCUACUUUAAUACUUUUGAAUUUAAUUAAAUUUAUUUGUUUCUAAACACUGAAAAUACCAAAGACUCUACAAACUAGUACAUUACUAUGCCACUGACAGUUUAUUUGUAAUAAAAAAAUAACCAAUCAUUAAUUAAUAUUUAAUUAAUAACAGUUUGUAAUAUUGGUAAUAUAAAUAACAAAAUUACCGAUACUGAUAUUUCUAUUUUAGUGCCAAUACCGAUACACCGAUGUGGAUAUCAGUGUAUCACUAAGGCGAGACUUUUUUUAUUUAUUGGUUUACGGAUUUGACUUUAAAAAUAAGAGGUCGGUAGGUCGGAAAAGUAUAAAUGAGAACCAAAAUUAAUAAUCUUUAUAAAAUUAAACCCCCGCAAAAAAAGUGGCUAAUUUCCAUAUUGAUUGUCACAACAAUAACAUGAGCCAGCAGUACUUAGAGUCAAAGUUUACUUGAAGUGCACUUCAUGUCAGAACCCCAAAUUAAUUAAAAUUAACUAAAAUUGUAAAAUUUUUGACAUCCAAAUUUUUUUUUUGUUUUUCACUUUCUGAAUAUUUACGGUCGGCGGAUCCAUAAACCAAUGAAUAAAAAAAGUCUCGCCUAAUAUUUGAAUAUAAUUUAAUUACUGUAUCUUACAGCCUCCUCCAGCUCCAGCCCAGAAUAGCCAACAAGAUACAAUUCAAGUGAAUGUCAAUCCAGACAUUGCACUGCCAUGCUUCUUUCCAGAGAUUGGGUAAGCUCGUUUGUACAGUAGGGUGAGGCGGCUAUUAACCCAUUGAGUGGCAGCAGUCUCCACUUGACGAGUAAAAUCAUCUGGCGUUGCACAGAGUAAAAUACUAAAGUAGGGCGCAUCAGGGUGCAUUGCCACCUAAAGGAUUAAGAUGAUGCAAGGGUUAAGAUGAUGCAUGGGCACUCCAAAAAUUGACUUUUAUUUGCAUGACUACAGCAACAUGGUUUAUUAAUACCACCUUCAGCUUUUCUGAUAUGCCAUAAGUUUGUCGUUCAAUUUUUCAGACAAUCUGUUAUUGUCUACAUAUCUCAUACGGAGAAUCCAAGUUGUUUCUAUGUGAGUCGCGAAGAUGCAAUAUCGGAAAUGUUGAGUGAGGAAAUACUCAAGCAUUACAAGGUAAAUGUCUGGUCAUCUAUUUUUUCCUCAAACCAAUUAGCAAACCACCACACCUUCGGAUCUCUUCAUUCCAUAAUAUCUCUGACCAGGUGUCCAUCAUCUCUUAUUAUUUAACAAUUAUUCACCGAAGGCGAGGUGUUUAUCGGGGAAUAUCUCAACCUUGCUUCCCUCACCUUCUCUGCAAUGUCUACCAUCCCACAUCAUCUUCUGAUCUCUUCAUUACAUAAUGUUUCUGACCAGCUCUCUUUCAUCUCUUCUUAUUAUGUGUCCAUACCAUCUCAACCUUGCUUCCCUCACCUUCUCUGCAAUGUCGACCACCUCACAUCUUCUUCUGAUCUCUUCAUUCCAUAAUAUCUCCGACCAACUCUUCUUAUUACGUGUCCGGUGUCCAUACCAUCUCAACAUUGCUUCCCUCACCUUCUCUGCAAUGUCUACUACCCCACAUCUUCUGAUUUCUUCAUUCCAUAAUGUCUUUGUAAUACCAGUAUAACAUUUUCAUUGUCAGUCAACUCAUCAUAACUCAGACGCCAUACCAUCAGUGUCGCCUGGACAGAUAUUUUGUGCUAAAUUUACGGAAGAUGGCAAUUUCUACCGCGCCUGUGUCCUAGAAGUGGUCGACCACAAGAAUAUCAAAGUUCAGUAUGUUGACUUUGGUAAUAAAGAAGUUAUACCAGUUGACAGACUCCGUGUUCUCAUCAGUGAGUUCCAAACACAGCCAGUACAGGCUUUCGAAUGUUGCCUUGAUGGAAUAGACCCAGCAAAUCAGGUGGGUGUAUAUCUUUGCAGAGGUAACCGUUAUUACCGGUAACCGUGAAAUACUGUAAAAAAGCACAUUGUCACAUGGUACAAAUGAUGUUUUUUGAUUGGACAAUUUGAAUUUGAGGUAUAAUAUUGCUUAUGGUACCGGUAACCAGUAUCCAGGGGGCGAUUGUUCAAAGGUGGGUUAGCGCUAACCCUGUGUUAAAAUUUAACAAACUGUUUUAGUUGAUGUAUUUCUGCAUGUCAGUUUAUUUCAAAACAUCAGAGAAUUAAACUAGCUCCUAUCGAUCUAGACAAGAUCUCUGAAGAAAUAUUUCCAAAAUGAUAGACAAGCUGUGAGGAAGUUUGCUUUUAAUUUUAGGUUAACCCAGGGUUAAGCUAACCCAGCUUUGAACAAGCGGCCCCAGAAGUGGGAUACUGGAUUCUCAGGGAGGGGGGGGGGGUACUAAACUUUGAAUCCUGGUAUCCCAAUCGGAUAGUAAGAGAAAAUAUAAAUUUCAGACCCUGGCAGGUGGGCACUGCACAAAAAAGUUUUUCAGGCCCAUGCAAGAAUAUGAUUGAAUUGAUUCAAUUGCAAAGUUUAUUUAAAAUCAUAAUGUAACUUUUUUUCUAAAACUUUGUUGCCUUUCCUGUAUGUGAAGAUAUUGGACUUUGUUUGGACAUGCAAAUGUGACUUAAAUGACUUCACACUGCAUAAUGUAUUUUACAGAAGAGUGUUUUUUAGCUUGAUAAAAUUGUCAUUAACUCGAAUUUGCUGACGAAAUGAUAGCUUUGAUAUAGCUCUUAAAGUAUGUAACUUUUAAUGUCAGUGGAAUUAUCACAUAUUUGGCAAGGAAACGUUUUCUUUCUAAAAACUCAUUAUGCAGUGUGACGUCAUUAAUUAAGUCACAUUUGCAUGCCCAAACAAAGUCCAAUAUCUUGACAUACAGGAAAGAUAACAAAGUUUUAGAAAAAAUGUUACAUUAUGAAUUUAAAUAAACUUUGCAAUUCAAUCAUAAAAAAUUCUUGCAUAGGCACUUUAAGAUAAAUAAUUAUUUUUAGGCUCAGGAAUGGAGCAAGGCUGCCGUUACUAAAUUUGACGACCUAACCAGUGAAAAAGAAUUAAAAAUGACACUGCACGAAGUUGAUGGUAAAAUAUAUUAAUUUUUGUAUUUUGUCGAAUAUCAUGUUGUUUUUUUAAAGUUGAAGUUAAGUGCUCUCAUCCUGUUUUCGUUUGAUAUUCCGUCUAAGUUAGGUUUUCGUUUUGUUUUUUAUUAGGUAAAGUGUUGAGCGUUUCUCUUGUUGAUGUGUCGUCGCAAUUAGACAUUGCAGAAGAAAUGAAGAAAUCAGGCUUGGCGAUUUCCUCGAAAAAUUUGGAAUCAACCCCCUCGUCGUCGUCAUCGUCGUUGUCAUCUUCAUCAGGGUAUAGGCACCAGAUAUAAAUAUCUGUACGAAAAACACCUGGUUUAGAGCGCUGCUAACAUAUGCAUGUUCCCAGGGACAUGGGGUGUAUGGAGGGGGUGUUAGUAUUGGGGGGGUAACCCCUAACCACUUCAUCUGAUUCUUACUGGCCCUCUGUACAUAGUCUGUGAAGAUAUGAUGGUCUGGAAGCCCAUCAAACUUCAAAGCUAUAAAAUAGAAAACCUUUGUUUGAUGUUGAACUGUACCUAGCUGUGCACAAAUCCUUUGUCUCAUCUUCAUUAAAUAUUAUUCAUCGUGGUUGUACGUUUCACCUCAGCUAUCCCUAUUGGAUGAUUACUUCAUUAUACGAAAAUACAAUGAGCUCAAUCACCGUGACCGUACACAAAUGAGCAUAAACUCAGACAAAAACAUAAUACAAUAAAUUCUGUUUAUUUUCCAGGCCAUCAUAUCUUGAUAGACUAUGCUCUGUAGGGGCCCCCCCCAAUAAUUUUGAAAGACUGUAAAAAUGUUGUACCAAAUAACACAAAUCACACUCGUAUAACGUAAUUGUUAUCAUACUAUAUGCUUCUGUACAUGUCACAACAUACGCAUUUUAUGCACUCUUUUUGACGGAUACUAGGGGGUAAAUAUUUUUUCUGAAAUGUUGGUUUUCUAUGCUUAGCAUCAAUAGCAUGUGAUUUACAACAAAAUGAACUAUUAAAACAGUGUUUUGAAAACUUUAGUUUUUUUACAAAAUGUGUUCUCAGAAUGCCGCAAAUGCCAUUUCCAGGAUUGAAAUUUUAAAAUUCAAAUUUCGUAAAGUUUCCGCCACUGGAAUUAGUAUAGUUGAGAACGGAUAGAGCUAUUCAAUUUUAGCUUAGGUUUCAUCCUGUAUCUAAGUGUAACACUGGACCAGUGAGGGAUGAAUCUUACUGGAUCUGUAGGCAGUUUAGAAUAUUAGAGCUAUCCAAUAAAAGACGAGUUUUAUUAUCAGAAACUUUAAUAUGUUUAGAACUGCUCUGGAGAAAUCGCCACCAAGGACAGAAAAUGUUGCCGCUUCGCGAUCGCGUCGUCUAAAGUCCAAGUCUCCAGGUAUUUUGAAUUUAAUUUAUCUAACUUUGCCUUGGUCAUCUUGAUCAACUUUUUCACUGUCAAACAUUCCGGAUAUGCAUUAUAUCAUUGUGGUGAAUUUUUGGUACAAAAGAAAACUAAUUUGCAAUUCGUGAAAAAGUUGACCGAGAUGGAAUAAAGAUAUACAGGGUGUCUAAAGAAAAACGCUAUGGGAAUUCAACAGGCUGUUGUGCAUCAGAAACUUAACUAAACAAUUCAAUUUUUACAUAGGACGAAAGAGCUGUUAUUUAGCUUUUCUAUGAUAUAUUUCUUAAACCGUAACGAUGAGAAAUGGCCACAUACUCGUCAAAUAAAAAUUUUCGGUCGAAAUCACAUUCUUCCACCGUUGGGAAUUGAAAAUACAUUAAUUAUGCAAAGUUAAUCAAUCCAAAAGCACCGCGAGUCUGCUGGAAGAAUGUGAUUUCGACCGGCAAUUUUUAUUUGACGAGUAUGUGGCCAUUUCUCAUCGUUACGAUUUAAAAAGAGUAUCAUUGAAAAGCUAAAUCACUGUUCUUUCGUCCUAUGUAAAAAUUGAAUUGUUUAGCCACGUUUAUGAUGCACGACAGCCUGUUGAAUUUCCAUAGCGUUUUUUUUUAGACACCCUGUAUUACAUUUCUUUUUUGAAUGACCCGAAUAUUACACAUACAAAAAGUUAUACUUUGGAUUGGUCAGACUUUAAUACAUUACGCGCUUUAUUAUAAUAAUCUUUUGUAGGUAUUGUUGAGCUUCCUGACGAUCAGUUUCUUGAUGUGCUUGUGUGUAAUAUCACUGGAACUUACAACGUCUAUUUACGUUUGGUUGGAGAGGAGUACUCGGUGGGUUGUGUACUAUUUCUCAUAUUCUACUUGGUCCGCUAAAACGGGGGUUGAAUUUUGCGCCAUUCCCUAAUCCACGUACCGGUAUAGUAAAGUAUGGUUUAAAACAUUUCUAGAUAUAACUGGAGUAGUGAUAUAACGUGAAUAUGUAUUCUUGACAAUUUUAGACAAAAUUUGAAGGAAUCCAGGAGAGCAUGACAUGUUACUACAGUGAUUCAAAAGGUAAAUUUUAAACUUAUUCACAAGCUUUUGUUGUAACAUCCUGUUGCCUUGUAUCAGUUAAAGUUGACUUGGUUAAUGAUGUCGUCAUAUCAUCAUAUCAUGUAUAUAUGCAUGAACUUGUGGUUAGAGUUCAACUGGCCUCUGUAGCUCAGUUGGUUAGAGUACUGCACCGGAAUCGCUGCCAUGCAGAGGGCCUAUAUCAAUUCCUGUAAUGCUAUUGUUUGUAGAAACACCACGUAAAAUUUACGUGGUGUUUCCACAAACAAUAGUAUUAUAUGUUUUUUCGCCAUGCAAAACCUACAAAGAACUUAUAUCAAUUCCAUCAACAAAACCCACAUUGUUUUAGAGGCAGUUACGACAGAGCCUGUUGUUGACGAUUUGUUUGCGCUGAUUUCUGAGGAUGUCUGGUGUCGAGUUAAAGUGACUGGUGUGAAUGGCGAGAAAAUACAAGUAUUCUUCGUCGAUCAUGGCGAUGAAACUGAGACAACUAAGGCUGAGCUGAGACCUUUGGCAUCUCAAUUCCGAAAACUGCCUUUCCAGGUGCGUUCAGUUUCGAAAAUCAUUGUUUUGAUGAAAGGAAAUGUUGUUUUUUUAGUUUUUCUAAUUUUUGAAAACUGACUCGGGGGGGGGGGGGGGGGGGGAGGAUACAGGACCACCAAAGGUGGGACCACAGGGCCAAAGGGGGAACUAUGCAUUUAAGAAAAAUUCUCAAACUCGUAACAAGUUUUUAUGAGUUCAAAAUCAUUGUUUUGAUGAAAUAAAGUGUGUUUUUUUACCAUCCAUAACAAUUUUGGAUUAUUUUUUCUAAUUUUUGAAAAAUGACUUUGAAACCGAAGUGGGGACCUCGUGGUCAAAGGGGAGACAACAGGACCAUGCGGGAAGCAGUUGUCACAAACCUUUAUGAGAUUUGAUGUAACUAUUUCAGGUAUUUCAAUGUGCUUUGAAUGGAUUACCAAAGACGAAAAAUCCAGACGUUGUUGACAAGUUAGAGAAGUUGAUUAUGGGUGAAGUGGCUGUCGCUGAGAUUGUGAAAAAGUAAGUCUCACAAUCUUAUGGCACAGCUUCACAAUCUUAUUUCACAAGCCCGCUUUUCCGGCACAUGUUAGGGUUAGGGAUGAAGUAUUUUUACCAUUUUGUCCGUGCAUCAUUCUUUAGGACGGGUGAUCUUGUGUUUAUCGAGCUGUUGGACACGAGAACUGAUGCAAAUAUUGUUGUGAACGCUGUAAUUCGAAAGUUAGUUAUUCCUGAUGAAGAGUUGAAGCCUGUUCUGCCGAAGGUAAAAUAGCCAGAAAUCUAAACGGUCGACUGUUUCUAUAAUUUUUAAAGACUUUCAUGUGCUUGUUUCUUCUUAUCGAUGUGUGCGUUUGUCUGUCUGACCAAAGACAAUCAAAGGAAUUCCUUUGAUUGUCUAUGGUCUGACAGAAAGAUAACUUAAAACGUAUCGAAAAUGUAUACGCGAAAGUUUCUUGAGCUCCACACGCAAAAAUCUCACAUCUUGUAACAGCUUGUCAACAAGCACUGCUUGUCCCAAGUUGUCAACAAGUUUGGAAUAAGCUGUUAACAAUUUGUGACAAGCUUGAUGGUAUUAUCAGACUUGUUGCAAAGUUGUUUUAACAAAUCCGAUACAGUCAUGGUAAAAAACAAUACUGUUACAAUGUUGUGUGAUCAACCUUGUAACAUUCUUGCAAAACGCUAAAUAUUGUGUUUUCCACGAAACGGAUGGAUUACAUUUAUUGUAAUGAAAACCUAUAGCGAAUUUGUUUUAAAGUGCGGCUAAUCCCAUGUAUGAAUUUUGGUAUGUGUAAUAUUUGGGUCAUUGUAAGAACAAACGUAAUGUAUCUUUAUAGUAAAAAACCUCAUCUUAAUCAACUUUUUCGAUGUCAAAGUUUCCGGAUAUGAUGUCAUUAGGUGAAUUUUUGGGGAAAAAAAAACAAAGGAAAACUAAUUCGCAAUUCGCCUAAUGACAUCAUAUCCGGAAACUUUGACAGUGAAAAAGUUGAUCAAGAUGAGGUUUUUUACUAUAAAGAUACAUACAUUCUUUCUUCGAAUGGCCCAAAUAUUACACAUACCAAAAAUCAUAUUUGGGGUUAGUCAGACUUUAAGAAUUUUUGUCGAGGAUUGACAUGUUUCUCCUCUGUAGGUUGGCAGGACAACGGACGUGGAUAUCGCGUAUAUUUCACCGACGGGAUCUGUGUUCCUUCACGUGUCUGCCGCUGGAAGUAAAAGAUUGGACGAACUCAACAGAGAUCUUACUGACCACUACUUGUCCAAGGUAAGACGAAUGGGGUCUGUCACAGCUCGGAGCAUGCCCAGGGUCUUAGCCAGGAUUUCAGAUUUCGCCUAAAGUGCCCUAUUUAACAACUUGAUGGAAAUCCUAAACGUUGAAGUUUAUAUAAUUUGCUUACUUUGUAGCGGUCGAAAGCCAAUGAGUUUAUUUCGAAGCCAACAGCGGGAAAGGUUUGCUGUGCGAAAUGCGAAGAUGAUGGGAACUGGUAUCGAGCUAAGAUCCUUUCAUUCACUGAUAGAGAUGUGAGUUUUUGAAUAAGACUUUGUAAAUUGUACGAAAUAAUUUAUUUAUAGCGAUGACUGCAGAGGUCCAUUGAGGGCCAUAAAUCUUAACGAAUGGUCCAAUGUAAAGUUUUAUUACGGCAAAAAUAAAGUACGGUUGACAAUUUUUCCUCGCCAAGAAGCCUUGUUCCAAAGCUGGUCAUGCGAGCUUUUGGACAAGGAAAAUCUGUUCGUGUGUACGACCGCCAAGGAAAACUUGACAAGUGUACAAGAAAUACUUUUUUCUAUAGUUUUGAUUCUCUCAUCACAUAUCACGUACCUAAAACCAAAACAUUAUGCCAGCAGAACAGUUAUGUGGCGAGAGUUGCAAGGAUAUGAAAUACUCUUCCAGAAGAGUUACGCGAACCGGACAUUUCGUUCACAAGUUUCAAGAACAUGUUGCUCAACUACUACAUGAGAGCCACCGGAACAAUCUUUGACUUAGAUAAGCCACAGUCAUGGAAAACUGUAUGUCUGAAAUGCCACAAAGCAAGACACUUACUAACUCCAAAGGUCUGCUGUUAUUAGUUAGUUUCGUUUGAAACUAUAUACAUUACUCACUGUUUAGUAUAGGUAAUAGGCUAAUAGCAUGGUUUCGAGUGCAAUUUGGAUAUAACAUGCACGAGUGAGUUUUUCAAAGACCUCAAAAUAGCACGAGUCCGAAGGACGAGUGCUAUUUGAGGUCUUUGAAAAAAUCAUGAGUGCAUGUUUAUCCAAAUGUCACGAGAAACCAUGCUAUUACUUAUUAAUAAUUUACAUAAAAAUGUUCGAGACAAUUGUAGUUUUAACUUACGCGUUUAUAGCGAACAUUCUACUUGCAAAGUUUUCCUGGCCUUGUUAUAUCACAUUAUACAACGCUAACAGCUUGAAAAUUCCACUCAACUAUGUAAUUUUUGUUAGUCUUGUUUAAGGUAAAUGCUUUUCCAUUUAAAAAUAAAGAUAAAAGCCAUAUUUUCCACACGAAAGCAACUUUUACUUUAUGUAGCGCGGCGCCAUGUUUGUUUUGUUUUGAAGCAAUCUGUGACCGCUACUUCUUUAAACUAAAUUGCUUUAAACUGAUUGGCAGAUUUAAUCAUCACAAUGUUUUUCCACCAAUCAGAUAAGUUUGUUACAGAUUUUUGCACUGUGAUUACAGAAAAUUGCACUGUGAUUACAAAAAAAUGCACUGUGAUUACAGAAAAUUGCACUGUGAUUACAGAAAAUUGCACUGUGAUUACAGAAAAUUGCACUGUGAUUACAGAAAAUUGCACUGCUGUUUGGGAUUAACUGCACUGAAAUCAACCAAUCACAAUCGAGUAAUAUCUUUAUGUAUAUUAUUAUAUAUGUUAUUUAUAUUGUGCAAAUGUUCCUGUGCUGUUUUGUACUUGUGUGUUAAGCUCUGCACUACGUGUUUUGUAUUUGUUAAACCAGGUCGUCAACGUAAUAGGCCUUCGCUGUGUGGACGUUCCUGUGCCGUUCUGUACUAGUGUAAAUUUUGUAAACGGCAAAGGUUAUAAAUAAAUAAAUAAAUAAAUAAAUAAAGCGGCAUUGAGAAUAAGAUAGCAACAAACCUUGUCAAGGAAAACUUGUUGACAGCACACACGAUAAGGGUAAAUUUAUCAAGGAAAAUGUGCUUGUCUUUACGGGGUUUUACUUAGCAGAGUCAAACUCGCAAUAACUCUUCUCUCAUCUAUAGCUAAGGAGAAAGUAUGACCUGCAGACAGUCGUAUUGCUAUUUCUUUUAGGGUGUUGAAGUACUGUACGUCGACUACGGAAACACAGAGAUAGUUCCAGUGACCAAUUUACGUGAACCAACGCAAGAGAACGCCCAUGUACUGUCGCUGCCUUUUCAGGUUAGCAAGUAGUGAGUUAAAAUAGGUGUAAAUUUUCAGGUUUUUAACGUGUGAAAAUUGUGAAUAAUCCUUCAGGAUCUUUCUUUGAAAAUGUCAAACUAAUUGUCAUUUUACCACAAUAAAUGCUUAAAACAUCAUCUUAACCACAUAUUGCACUGAUUUUUAAAAGAAACGAAAUACGUGAAAAUGCGUGCACCCUACAUUACAUGUAAGCCGUUAUUUUUCUUUUAUUGUAGGCUUUGGAAUGCCAGCUUUACGAUGUACCAAAGGUGAUUAUCACUUAACAUUGAUGACUGAUAAUUAAAGCUUUUUGAGAUCUUUUUUUAACACUAAGAGAUAUAUACAUAGGAUAUACAUAAAUUUUAUACAUAUUUUUUUAUAUUUAGGAUGGUUGGAGUGACGAUAUAAUCGACAAAAUUUUUGAAAUUGUGGAACAGGGUAGUCUUGCAGCCGAGGUAAGUUUAUUUUGUUUUGCACAUGGUCUAAGCAGUUGCAAGCCUAUCUGUUGUUUCCAGUUAGCCGUAAGCUGACGUUAUGCAUGUGUACGUAUGUAUCAGUGUUCCAAUUUUGCCCUUCAUUACAAUUACUACAAAGUUCCUUUCAAAAAAUUGCAUUAAAAUGGUACUUGACACAACAGAGAUGAAUGGCUAUCACUGUUUCAAUUUUGCAGAAAAAAACUUUCUUACGAAAUGUAGACCCUAAGCAACCAAAAAAUGUCAAAUUUCCACUUUGAUAUAUCAUUGAAACUUUUCCAAGGCGAGGUGCAUGACUUUUCAGGAGAGGUGCAAAAAUUCUCAGGGGAGGUGCAAAACGAUCUCAGUGGAGGUGCGCACCUCCCCCACCCCUCCCCUCAAAAUCCGGCCAUGAGCCGUACUAAUAUGAACAAGCUUUAACAAACGUUUUUGUUUUCCCCAUCAAGGUGCUAUCUGACGGAGAUCCACCUUCAAUCAGUUUGUUGGUUACAGCAGAAUCAGAAGGAGAACAACAAGUCACUCAUCGUUUGGCAUCUUAUCUUGGCCUCGCUGCAAGCGAGGAAACGCAAGAAUAUCAAGAUGACGACGCUCAAGUUGUACCUGAAACUGAACAGGAAAAUGCCGAUGGUGAAGCUGGAGAACACGAUGGUGAAGCUGGAGAAGAUGAUGGUGAAGGUGGAAAAGGAUUAGUUAACGGUGAUAAAACGGGGAUGAAUGUGGAGACGGAUGUGGUGGGAACUGAGAAUGCUGAGAGCGAAGUAACAGUGGACAUUCCAAGAAAAUUGAAUGUGGAGACCGAUAGUGCAAAACAAGCUGCAACAAGCGAGGAAAAGCCGGAAGCCGUGGAGGAGGCAGGCCCAGUAAAAGUCGAAGAUAAAAUCGCAGUCGGAGAAGACGGCAUUUCUAAGGACACCAAUGGUGCUGAUGUUACUGAAAUUAAGAAUACUAAUUCUGAAACUGGGAUAGAUAACCUUAAUAAUGAUGGCUUGAAUGAUACCAGUGCUGAGCAAGCUGGUCAAUGCGUGCAGUGGAAGGCUCUACCACUUCAAGCUGGUUGGUUUGAUGUCUAUAUUACUGAAGUCAAAGACCCCGAUCACUUCACGGUUUGUUAUUAAGUUUUAGGAUUUAGUCGAUGGAGAUAGAGGAUUUAGUCUGCUGAUAUAUAUAGGACCAAUGUGGAGUAGGCUACAUCUGUUUUAUUCAGUAUAAGCCUAGUGGCCUACUGCUCUACCCUUGAAAUUCUUAUAUGUAUUAUAAUUAUUGUUUGUUUAGUUUCAACUUCUUGAUAAUGAUUCUGAAAUUACUAAACUGGCAGGCGAGUUAAACGAAUAUUACCAGGUAACGAGAAUAGAUUUGUACAGUAUUUCCCACCAACUUUUUAGACAACCAAACACCGCGAGGUAGAACAUUUUAGAACUGAUAGAGCUAUUUUAUACAAGCAAAGUUGGUUUAAUGUAGUUUUCCUUUUGUAGUAACACUGGAUCGACCUCUAGGGAGAACAAUUUAGAACUUAUAGAGUUAUCCAGUAUAAAUAAAGUUAGUUUAGGUUUCCUUCUGUAGUAACACUGGAUCGAUAAGAGAUGAUCCUUACUGAACCUCUAGGAAGAACAGUUUAGAACUGAUAGAGCUAUCCAGUAUAAAUAAUAUUCGUUUAGUUUAAGUUUCUUCCUGUAGUAACACUGGAUCAAUAAGAGAUGAUCCUUACUGGACAUCUAGGGAGAAUAGUUUAGAACUGAUGGAGCUAUCCACAAUAAAUUAAGUUAGUUUAGUUUAGUUUAGGUUUCCUCGUGUAGUAACACUGGAUCAAUAAGAGAUGAUCCUUACUGGACCUCUAUAUAGGAAGAACAGUUUAGAACUGAUGGAGCUAUCCACAAUAAAUUAAGUUAGUUUAGUUUAGGUUUCCUCGUGUAGUAACACUGGAUCAAUAAGAGAUGAUCCUUACUGGACCUCUAUAUAGGAAGAACAGUUUAGAACUGAUGGAGCUAUCCACAAUAAAUUAAGUUAGUUUAGUUUAGGUUUCCUCGUGUAGUAACACUGGAUCAAUAAGAGAUGAUCCUUACUGGACCUCUAUAUAGGAAGAACAGUUUAGAACUGAUGGAGCUAUCCACAAUAAAUUAAGUUAGUUUAGUUUAGGUUUCCUCGUGUAGUAACACUGGAUCAAUAAGAGAUGAUCCUUACUGGACCUCUAUAUAGGAAGAACAGUUUAGAACUGAUGGAGCUAUCCACAAUAAAUUAAGUUAGUUUAGUUUAGGUUUCCUCGUGUAGUAACACUGGAUCAAUAAGAGAUGAUCCUUACUGGACCUCUAUAUAGGAAGAACAGUUUAGAACUGAUGGAGCUAUCCACAAUAAAUUAAGUUAGUUUAGUUUAGGUUUCCUCGUGUAGUAACACUGGAUCAAUAAGAGAUGAUCCUUACUGGACCUCUAUAUAGGAAGAACAGUUUAGAACUGAUGGAGCUAUCCACAAUAAAUUAAGUUAGUUUAGUUUAGGUUUCCUCGUGUAGUAACACUGGAUCAAUAAGAGAUGAUCCUUACUGGACCUCUAUAUAGGGAGAACAGUUCAGAACUGAUAGAGCGAUCUAUUAGAAACAAAAAUAGUUUAGUUUAGUUUAGCUUAUAUAUAGUAACACUAGAGCAAUAAGAGAUGAUCCUUACUGCAUGGGCGGUAUGGACCUCUAAGAAGAACAGUUUAGUUUAGUUUGCUGUAAUUUGGAAUAAUGUAAUGUGAUGUGAUGUCACCAUCUUUUUAUUUCGUCAAUAUAUCAAUACAGAAUCAAGCUGCCGAAAAUGAAGUAACAUUGGUCAAAGGAAAUGUGUAUGCUGUGUUAUAUGACAAAGACGAUUGGUGGUAUCGUGGUUUUGUGGAGUCUGUUAUAACUGAAGAAAAAGUAACUGUUAUAUUCACUCGUUACAGAUCCGCAUUUGAAAAUAUGUCAUUAAAGCUCUGAUGAAACGAGGCUGAGAGUUGAGAAGCGAGAGUUUGCAUGAGUGUUUUCUCAACUCUCGUGCCCCAUUCAAACGAGACAAGAGUUGCAUGGGAGUUGAUGAGAGUUGACUGACUAUUACUGAUCAAACAAAAUUUCAAUCAGCUCAAAGUUGGUCAGAGUGCAUGAUGAGAGCGCAUGAUGAGAGCGCAUGAUCAGAGCGCAUGAUCAGAGCGCGUGAUCAGAGCGCGUGAUCAGAGCGCGUGAUCAGAGCGCGUGAUCAGAGUGCAUGACAAGAGUGCAUGAGCGGUCUAUAUCGUAGUAUAUAAUUAUUUAAUAUGGGUUUACAGGCGCACGUACUUUUCCUGGAUUAUGGUGGAUAUGCCAUUGUGGAGAGGGGGGAUAUGCGAGUCCUGGAUGAAAAAUUUCUAGAGUUACCAUUUCAAGGCGUCCCAGCGAAAUUGGCCGGUAAGUUUUUAUGAUGCAUGUUGACGUUUUCCAUGGAUGAAUUUUUGCAGUGAGAACCUAUACACAUAUUAUUUAAAGAAUAUAGGAUACUGUAGAUAUAGUCCAAGUCACGAAAUAUGCAUGUACACUUUUUAUACCAAACCAGCAACGGUUGUGAAAAACGCAACACUAGGGCCUCUGGCAAGAAUCCAACCUGCAACCCUGAAUGCAGGGCUGCAUAAUAUGGCGGACCGUGGGACCAUUGGUCCCAGAAAAUUUUUGAGGUUGGCAGAAAAAAAUGGAGGGGUAAAACAUAAAUAAGUCUCAACAGAAAAAAGUAAAGAGAAAGAAAGAAUGGAAGAACAGAAAGGAAGAAAAUGUGAAAAAUUGACAAAAGUUAUUAAUUAGCUGUAGGUAGUGAACUAGUAAUGUUUGACAUGCAAGUAACACAAGUUUCCAAUACACUGGUACAGGCACCAGGUGUUUAUACCGGAAGUAACUUGACAAUAUGCAUAGACACAAUAGAGUAAUUUAAUUACAAAACUGAAUUUAUUAUAAGUAAUACCAUGAUAUGAGGGAAAUUAGUGAUUGAGUGUCCGCGAAAGCCAAGGUAGGUUUCCACAAACCUUUCAAGGGUGAACAACACCGAAUAAUUCCAAAAUAAUAAUUCUGCAUUAUAAACUAGGACAAACAUUUAGCGUGUGCAUGUUCCAUAUUAAUCUUUUUUUCAGACACAACAGGCAUGUUCAACGUACAUACAAAUUUUCAGCCACAUCGCCAUUCCAUUGUAUACUUUUUACAGACCCGAGAAUGUUGAAAGAACUCUUUCCAUUCACAGCAUAUCAAUCUUUUGAAUCUUGCAGUAUUACAUAACACAACAUGCAAGAAAUAAGACAUUCGAUCUGAAUUCCUCCAUGAUUUUACAUUCUUGGCGCAUGAUCAUCAAAUUACGCAUACUACUAACAUUGUAAUUAUGCAAUGAAUGUGUUAUGUCACUGUGCACAAAAUGUAUUGAAUGAUCGCAGACUGUGUUGCUUUCACUCCUGAGGGAUGCGGUCAAAAGGAGGUCUGCUAUCGCAGACUAAGCAUUUGCUUGCAGAAAAUAUUUUCAAUGGCUUUGUGGUCCCAGAAAAUAAAUUUAUGCAGCCGUGCCUGAAUCGCCGAUUCGCUGGGCCACAGGUUCGACUCCUGUUUCGCUUCUGCGUUGGAAUACCGCAACAGCCGAUAUAGGAACAUUGGAAAUUCCCUCAAAGGGUUUGCAAGGGAGUUCUCCAAAUUUGCAAAGGUAAUGAUGAAAAUUGCAAUCAAGACCAGGAACUCGAAAGAGGAACGCUUGACACACUUUAUAUGUAAAAGCAAACUUUUUCACAAUUCAAACGAGUAAAUUCAAAUGUAAUGGUAACAAAGUUUCCAAUUAUUACAAAGGGCUUUUGAUAAAUUCUAACCAGUUACUAUAAUUGUUCUCACUGUUGCAUUUAAUUUCUAGGAGUAAAAUGCACCAAGAACAAGUGGUCGAGGCAGUCCGUUAAAGAUUUCAGAUUUUUCAUAUUUGACCAAUAUCUCGUGGCUAGAAUCAAAAGCGGCCAUACAGAGUACAACUCUAAUCCCUCUUCUGAAGUAACGGUUGAACUUUGCAACACUGAAGACCCAACGAAGGAUAUAUACAUUGCCGAAAAGUUAAUUGAAAAUAACUCUGACGUCGUUCCUCUUGCCUAGCAGUGUAAGGCUCUAUAACGGUUAGGGGUUACGACGGGAGAAUUAAGAUGGUUAUGUGCAUUGUGGAAUAGUUAAUGUGUUAAUUUUAUCAUGUUUAAACGUCAAUUUACAAACUUUAAAAUAUUGGAUAAAUGCAGCGUUUGUGGGAACCGGAAGACCCGUGGCUGGAGCGUUUAGUUUUGAAAUUCAGGAGAAAAUUUAAAGAUUGGGCAAACACCAACGGAUCGUCUCGAAUACUAGCGGGCAAAGAGAAAAUACGAAGUUUGAUUCUGAGAACUUUUGAAAGUGAAGAGAACGAGUUUGCAGAGAGAGAGUUUGCAGAGAACUAUUGAAAGUGAGAAACAAGAAAUUCAAUUUGCAUCAUCAAUUAUUUUCAAUACCCAAUUUAUGGACAGUGUGUUAGCGACAAGCAAAGAAGAGUAUCAUGUCCAAAUGAAUGGCAAGCCAUUAAGUAAGCAAGAGCGCAUAUUUUGAAGACAAUCAUCUUGCGAGUUCAAGUUUAAAUUUCAAACAUAAUUUACAGCACCAUUGUACGUGUUAGCGAUUGGAGACAACUUCAAACUGUGGUGUUUUAAAUAUCCCGUACAGACCAAGGCCAAAUACUGGACCAAGUUUUUGUCAGUGAAUUUACGAAUUGAAAGAUUUCUGGAAGCUCAAUUUAAAUGUGACAUGUCAACCCUUUGUGGGAACGAACGCAAAGAGACACAUGCAGUACAUCAUCCACGGUCGCACUUUAGUCAUACAAAUUCAUGGGAGAUGCCAGUUUAAGCAGCAAUGAAAUUUUGAUAAAAAAAUGAACAAAAAAGACAUGGUAUGAUAAAGUGGUAUUUUUUCUGUACCAGACAAUUGUCGUAUUGGUUGAUAAAUGUUUGUGGGAAUGCCUUCAACCCAAUGUUGACCUGCAAAGCCAAAUUUGGACUAAUGCGCACACGGACGCUUAUUAUUUAUGGAAGUCUAUUUUCUAAAGAUUCGACUGCCUUUACAAUUGUUGAUAAAUGGAAUGCGCAAGACAUUUAUCACAUUGAUCACAUUGCCACGCUCAUGCACUCAUCGGUACACAGAAAGCCAUAUCACACAGUACUCAGAACAUGCUUUAAAUGUUCGGACACACUUACGUUGCCACAUCUUUCAAAAUGUUUUGUUCAAACGGUCAAAAAUACAUGUUUUAGCCUAUGGGGCUGUUCGUAUGGAGCCUGGCUCGCUUGGGUAUUGGACAACUUGCAUGUUAGACUAAAUUUUAAUCUAAGUAAAGAGAAGGGAAUCAAACACCACAGCUAAAAAAACAUAAUGAAAUUAGUAAAAUUGCAAAAUUUGGUUGCGAAAUAUUGUAAAGCUUGGAAAAUAUAGCCUUGCGAAGUUCGCAAAUUUUGUAUAUGUUUGUAUUACGUGCGGAAAUUGUUACCAUUUUAGGCUCAAAAAUGGUAACAAUUUCCGCACGUAAUACAAACAUAUACAAAAUAUGCAAACUUCGCAAGGCUAUACUUUCCGUAUUUUACAAACAUUUCGUAACCAAAUUUUGCAAAUUUACUAAUUUUAAUAAGUUCUUUACGGGAAUGUACUUUUUUGCCUAUAGAUCGAAAAUUAUUCUAACAUGCAAGUUGUCUAUUAGCUUGGUUUGAUUUGCAGAAACAGUAUAAAAUUCAUUCAAACGUUCUUAGUUAUGAUCAAGAAAGGGAAAAAAACGUGACAUGAUUCAUCUCGGCAAUCUCGUUUUAACUAGUUCCACGGUGAAUGAGCGUGAGAGGGUUCAAAACUCAAGCUUGUAUUAUCAUAGAUAAGAUAUCUGUGUGUUUUAUACGUCGAAUUUUGGUCGCGUCGAAUGCAAUUAAGACAAUAGAUAAUGAGAUGAUAUACCUCAUUAAGCUUCAUUAUCUAUUGUUUGAAUUGCCUUAGACGCGACCGAAAUUCGACGUAUAAAACGGGUCUCAAUCACCAACGUCCAACAUGCAAUUUAGACCGUAAACUCGAAUGAAAAUCGCGAUAUACCUUGUACCUGCAUUUGUUGAAUAUUAAAAAGUAUUUUUAUAUUGACAA